CACGCGCUCUACAAGACGUGUGCGUUUUAGCGGGCAUUGAGUGAUUUCUUCUUGUGAGCGGUGGGAUACCUGUGAAAGGCACACAGGCUAUAAGAUCCUCCCCGUGACAGUCGUGAAACUUAACUCAAAUUAACCGCUAAGUUUAUGUCAGCACUCUUCAUUCCUGAGGUGAGACGGAAGCUUGUCAUGAGAGGAAUUCAUUUAGUCGUCACGUCAUGUAUAGGAUACUGUUUUUAUUCGCCAUAAGGUGUUUAGGUCGAUCUUUUUAAAAGAUCUUUAAACUUAAAAUCAUUACUAAAAAAUAUGUGUUUACAGAACGAACCAAAGUGAGAAAUGAUUACGCAAUUGGGUUUAAAAUUGUGACUUUCUUUCAUACUCUUCAUUUUUUACCUCAGAGCAUAUAGCCUAUGCAGUACACAUUUAUACCCUAAUGGUUUUAGUGAAAACAAAUGCCUGUAGAUGUUUGGCUUCUUGUUGUGAGGACAAAAAGAAUCAUAACACCCAAAGGUGUCAGUCAUUUCCCCUUGGCUGUGUAAUUAACGUGGUAUUUAUGAGACAAAUAUUAAAUGUAGAGUCUCCCGGCAGUGCUGUCAAACAGGUAACCUCCCUUCGCUAUGAUUAAAACCACUCUCUGUCACAAUAACGACCACUGGGACACAAUUGUUUGGCUGUGCGUCGAGAAACAACUAGCGUAUUAUAACCAACAAAACCACUCAGCAAAGUUUAUUUAUCGUUUUAUGAUGUGAUACAUUGCAAUUAGGAGCAGGAUGCUAAGACAAGAGCCCAUUAAUGGAGCAGAUUUAUCUUGUGCCGAAACGUUGGAGAAGAACAGCACCAGAUGGCAACCAUAUCUAUAAAUAAGUCAUGUUUCAGAAAAGGAGAUUAGUGCUUUUGAGCUUGUUUUUAAUGGUCUCUUUUAGAGAUUAAAACAUUGACUCUUAAGCUUUGCAAUGACCUUUUUUUCUUUCAGAGGCAAACAUGUGUAAACAGGUACCAUGAUUCAAGCAUGAUCAUGUAUGCUGGGUUGCAGUCUUUAAGUUACCAUGUUCCUGUUUUUUCUCUCUUAAAGGUGUCGGCAGACUAUACUGUACUUUUCAUUCAUAAUUUCAUGUGAGCACUAGACCAGAAACACAAGCAAAAGUGAAUAAGUUUUGUCUUUAAAAGCAGUCCAGAGUUUGUCUUGUAAACUCUGACUUGUUUAUUUGACGAGUAGGGGAUGUACGUACAUAUCACAGAUUGACCUCCUGGCAGUUUUAAGAGGUCAUAUUUAAAAGCUACAUGGAUUGUAGUGGUAGUUUAGUAAUUUUGUAAAACUUUGAUAGAUAGUCCUAACCUUCUUUCAUCCCUUAGUUUGCAUAGUGUAUACAAUAGCAGCUAACUGUCUCCUAUCUCUAACUUUAGCUGUUCCCAGAGCUAACCUCUCCAUAUCCUCAACCCACUGGUACCUAUAAAUAAACAUUUCAUCGAUUGCUUGAAGCUUCCCGUCCACACAGUAAACAUACAGAGCGUCACCUCAAAGUUUGAUGUGGAUGAACAUAAAAGUGCUGAUAUACAUAGAAGUUUUUUUUUUUUUUUUUUUCCCUCCGGUUUCAGAACCAUGGAUCAGGGUUUGCGAAGGUAGAGUGGGUUUGGCUCAUCAGAACUCUGACAUUGCAUUGAGUUAUGCAACUUGUUUCCGCAGCCUACAGUCCAAUACGCCCACCUAAGCAUCCACCUUUUUAUUUUUCAAUUUCUGACAACUGAAGACUUGAGAGCUACCCCUGACUGGUAUAAUGAGACACCCCACUUCACUACUGGAUGAUUUGUGUCUCAUUUGGCUCUUCAGCCUCACUUUUUGGGGUGUCUGUUGACAAACGCAUAUAAAUGAUCAAAGAUGGUAACAGAAAAUAGCCUUGAACAAAACUAUGACCUGAAUGCUCUCCGUGUGGGCUUCCUUUGCGGUGACUCUUGAGUUCGGUCAUUAGCAGUGAGGUGAAAGAACCUACUGAGAGUGUGAGCUUUUAACGGAAGAUGAGAUCUGAUUAAUCACACCACAUGGUGCAAUCUGCACAAGAAAUCCAGCGGAGACCUGGACCAAACCGCAUGCUCAUUGAAUUGUGAUGCCGUCUCUUAGAAAUGAAAGAGAUAGAUAGAUAGAUCUAAUGCAAUGCAAAUCAGUCAAGACAGCAUAACAUUACUGCAUUAGAAACAUGUCCAGAUGUUCCUGAAUAAAUUUCUACAAAAAUAUUCUGGAUUGCUGCAUAGAUCUGCUCAUGGAAGGAAAUUAAGGAUUUGAAAAAGGAAAAAGGGCUCCGCAGGGCAUGGAUUUUUGCUCUUCUUUUGGCUGUGUCUCUUUAGGGAAUGUAAUCUGAGAGUGCUUUUGCCAAAACAAUCCAUUUUUCAAUGACUGUAUCCGGGAGACAAUGAAUGGAGCAAACAUGCUACUGGCCAUGCAUGUGUCAUGUCCCUCAUGGCAACACACAUCAGUUUUGACUGGCCAUCUAAUGCUGCUGCAUUUUGACAUGGAGGCGGAGUAAGCACUGCGGUUGGUAGAGAUGUGCAAAUCCUGUUUUGCACUCGUUGCUCCAGAGUAACACUUAGAAAUUUGUUGAAAAAUUUCCAAAUUCUUUCUGGAACAGCUCUGAUCAGCUAUUUUCUUAUCUGUCUCACGAUUUAAGAGCUUAGGAGCUAAUCCUACAUGAAAGCUUUAAGGACGAGGAACGUUAAAGAUGAUUCUGAACCAAAAUCCGAUUCCUUACGAUUCCCAUCUCUAAUCACCACAUUGCGCGAGAAACUGCAGCACCUCGGACAAUUCCACACCCGCCCCGCCCUCAGGGAAUGAUUGACAUCUGGGUAUCCGAUAUCUCACCAAGCGGCACCAGCUACAUCCAAUCAACUGUGGAUCUGGGACUUGCAGUCGUUGCCCGUGGAUACAACAGGGGGAGCUUCAAAGCGGUUGUUUACAGUUGAGAACGGCAGUCUGACUGGAGGACUCUGACUGGACGGAGGCAUCGGCAGAUUUCCUGCAGAUGGGCUAAAGACGAACCAUCAGGGAAGCGCAUGGACAGUAGUUAUCCUCAGCACAACUAAAGAAAAAAGCCAACUCCAGGUUAUGUUGUAGAUGCUUACCGCCCGCUAAUAGAAUCACUGGGUUCUUUUCCUUAUACGGCUGGUGCGCAUCUUGGCUGGUUUGCUUUAGGACAACAGCAGGAUCUUACAUUCUCUUACAACUGACAAGCUUUUUGUCGGACCAAACUCGCUGGGCAAGAUGGAUAGCGAAAAGUACUUGCCAGAACUGAUGGCGGAGAAGGAUUCUCUGGACCCGUCCUUCCAGCACUCAUUGCGUCUUCUUGAUCAAGAAAUCGAAAAGAUUCAAAAAGACGAAGACAAAGAGGAUGAGAAGUUCAUUGAUGUGGUCAUCAACAAGAACAUGAAAUUGGGACAGAAGGUUUUGAUCCCUGUAAAACAGUUUCCCAAAUUUAAUUUUGUGGGUAAACUCCUGGGCCCUCGAGGGAACUCAUUAAAGAGACUGCAAGAGGACACGCUGACCAAGAUGUCCAUCCUCGGCAAGGGAUCCAUGAGAGACAAAGAAAAGGAAGAAGAGCUGCGAAAGAGCGGAGAGGCAAAGUAUCAUCACCUUAACGAAGAUCUCCACGUGCUGAUCGAGGUGUUCGCUCCCCCCGCCGAAGCGUAUGCGAGAAUGGGUCACGCUCUGGAAGAGAUAAAAAAAUUCCUUAUUCCGGACUAUAAUGAUGAGAUCAGACAGGCACAGCUACAGGAGCUGACGUAUCUGAACGGCGGCUCGGAGGACGCGAAAGUCCCAGCGGCGAGAGGCAAAACCAGCACACGAGGCAGAGGAACACCAGCGCCGGGACCGCACAGGUGUAGAGGGGGUGUUCCUCCGCCUCAGGCUGCAGUUCCGCGGGGUGUGGCGCCCAGAGGAGCUCCGCCCAGCAGGGUUCCAUCCAGCAGAGGAAGGGGCGUUCCUUCACAGAGAGCACGAGGAGCUCCGCCCCCACCUGGAUACAGACCUCCCCCUCCAGCCGUGCAGGAUACCUACGGUGAAUAUGAAUACGAUGAUGGAUAUGGAACGGCCUACGAUGACCAGGGAUAUGACUCGUAUGACAACAACUACAGCAAUCAGGCACAGAAUAAUGCUUCUAUUUCUUUUGCGCCAAUCGUCCUGAUGGGAGGCCUAUGGAAUUAUGGGAGCAUGAACAUCAGGAUAUGGUUAGCAGUCAGCUAUGAUUGGCACUGGACAGCUCAGCUGAGGGGCCUAUGGGAGAAAAACUCAAUUUGGAAGCAGAAAGGAAACAGAGACCCAGGAGCAAAACUUCUGAGAUGCAGCAACGAAAGCUCAGAUGAUUAUUAUGAAUACAGCCAUGGUAUCAGCAGAGAAUCAUAUGACUCUUACGGCCCGGAGGAAUGGACAAACAACCGCAACAAGGCGCCACCAGCAAGGACAAGCAAAGGAGUGUACAGAGAGCAGCCGUAUUCCCGGUUCUGACCUGCUACAGUCCUUCGUGUGCCCUCCCAAGUAAUGGAUUUUCUAUGGACUCUAUUUCCUUUUUUGCAAAUAAAAUCAACCAAAACGACAAAAAUAGAAAGAGGUUGAUGGGUAAAAUUAUGUCUGUUGAACUGACAUGGACGAUCCCCGCAAAUGGAAUAUUACGGAUCACUGGAUUAUGUAGUUUAAAUCAGAGAACCAAUUAGAAUUCAAAUAGACUCACUUAUGUCGGAGGGAGGCGGGCACUAGCAAUUAGGGGCGGAGUUAUAUCAGGUGUACGAUGUUUAGAUUUAGCAGGUCAGUUUUUGUAGAUACUUUUUUUUUUUGAUGGGUGAUCAGCUUCAAUGUGUCCCUUGUAAAUUUGACCUUUAAUGAAAAUUAAGUAGAAAAAAAGUCAGUGCAACUGUUGUUUUUCUUCUUUUCUCUUUUCUAAAUGGAAAGUUCUUCAGCGUUAAAGGGCUUAUAGGAGCAUGUCGUAAAAAACUGUGUGCAGUUUCAGUUGCGAUGAGAAGCCUGCGUAGUUUUGUCUGGUUUUUGUGUUGAGCGUUUAAACCCUUUAACGAGCUCUGUGGUGAUAGGUGUUUUCUCCUAGUGAGCGAUCUACUUUUAGACCUUCUCAGGAGCGUCUAAAUCGACAGUUUUUGACUAUUAAUCCAAUUGAAAUUCACAGUAAACAUGAUUGUGGCUAAAAUCCCCAAUUCAGUUCGAUAUAUAUAAUAGAUUACUUCAAGAAAUACAUCAAGGUAAUGACGUUUCUGCACACUUUCCUGUGCAAUUCUAAUCCAUUAUAGCACAUAUAAUCCGUUAGUCCGUUAGUAUGUUAUAUAGCGUGGAUGGGUUCGAAAUAGUGACGGCAUUUAAAAACAAAAGAAAAGCAUCACUUGUGAUAGUCUAUGAGAUUGAAAGGGAAUCCAGCAGUUUUUGGCACAUUGUGUAAUCCUUUAAACCUUGUUGUAAUGCAUUUCAAGUGCACAGCAAAGUGUUACUGGUCAUUUCUAAACCAAAUACUGUUGACUAAAGUUUAACUACUACUGUUUUAUAAAACUAUUAAAAGUCUAAUCAAAUGUAUGCUGAAGUUUAAAAGGUGAUAGUAAUGAAAAUUAUUGUGGUACUGGUGGUGGCAGUUUAAUACUUUUCUGUUAAGAGCUAUAAUAUUUGUAAGCUUGUGUAAGCCCUUUAAUUCUCGUCUCAGUUGAUUAUAAAAUAAACUUUUUGAAAGCAAAAUGA